AUGAAAGUAGCAACUUAUAAAUGUGAUACAUGUUCUGGAAUGAUUUAUCAAACAAUUAAUCAAACAUCAUUCAUUCCAAUUGAAACAUGUGUACAAAAAGAAUGUAAAGGAAAUUUAUUACAACAAACAAGAGAAUCAUGUUUUGUUAAAUUUCAACAAUUAGUUAUUCAGGAAAUGUCAGAUGAAGUACCAACUGGACAUAUACCUAGAACUAUGAGAGUUGUUAUGAGAGGUGAAUUAACUAGAACAUGUACACCUGGUGAUUCAAUUACUUGUUUUGGUAUAUUUUUACCUUAUCAAGUGAGUAGUGGUAAUAGUGGUGGUGGUAGAAAUAAUCAUCAUCAUUCAGGAGGAGGACCUGUUGCAACAACCUAUUUAGAAGCACAUUCAAUUUUAAAACAUAAGAGAAGAUAUACAGAUUUAAGUGAAUUGAGUGAACAAGAACAAGCACUAAUGAUUAAAAUUGAUUCAGAUAUUAGAAAGAUGGGACAUGAUCAAUGGUAUGAUAAAUUAUCAAAAUCAAUAGCACCUGAAAUAUAUGGACAUGCCAAUGUUAAAAAAGCACUUUUAUUAAUGUUAAUUGGAGCACAAACACGUGAAACUAGAGGAUUAAAAAUUAGAGGAGAUUUAAAUGUAAUUUUAAUGGGUGAUCCAGGUGUUGCAAAAUCUCAAUUAUUACGUUUCAUUUCACAUAUAUCACCACGUGGUAUUUAUACAACUGGUAAAGGAUCAAGUGGAGUUGGUUUAACUGCAGCUGUUAUUAAAGAUCCACUUACAAAUGAAUUAAUUCUAGAAGGAGGUGCAUUAGUAUUAGCAGAUAAUGGUAUUUGUUGUAUUGAUGAAUUUGAUAAAAUGGAAGAAUAUGAUAGAACUGCACUACAUGAAGUUAUGGAACAACAAUCUGUUUCAAUUGCUAAAGCAGGUAUUACAACUACUUUAAAUGCACGUACAUGUGUAUUAGCUGCUGCUAAUCCUGCAUAUGGUCGUUGGAAUACUAGAAGAUCUGUUUCUGAAAAUAUUAAUUUACCACCUGCUCUAAUGUCACGUUUUGAUUUGAUGUUUUUACUUUUGGAUAAACAAAAUAAUGAAUUGGAUAUGAAUUUAGCAAGACAUAUUACUUUUGUACAUCAAUUUUCACAAAUACCAUCUAAUAAUUCAAAUACUAACAAUUCAAAUAAUACUACUACUACUGGUAAUUCAAAUGAAGAAGAUGAAGAAGAAUAA